AUGAAAAAUCGCGAAAUGAGGUAAGGCGCUUGUUAAUCUAAAUACUUCUUCAAAUUGAUAAUUUCACUGCUGGGCAUGCGCAUUGCUGCCCCCUUUCCUUUUACUUGAUCUGUGUCGGGAUACCGUUCGAUACGAAUAAAAAACCUGAGCACUCCCCUUGAUCUUUUUAAGUUAGUAAAAGUAAGAGGGGAGGGCGGGGUCGGCCUCGAAAAUGCUUUUUCUUGUCCCUACGGCCUAACUUUGGUCUAAGAACGGGGAGGAGGCCCCCAGCCCACCUCGUUUUUGCGUAGUAGAACACUUCCAUUUCACUUUGCUCUGCAACAGAUGCGGAAUAGUCUGCUACAUAGCCGUUAUCACGGUCGUCACGCAAUGCUGGGGAGGAGCGUUGCGUGCGACACUAAAAACUGCUGUGUAGCAGACUAAUGCAAGAACAGAACAGAUAAGUUUUUAUCUCUCAUCCAUUUGCAGUUUACUAAUUAAAAGUGUGGUUUCCUUAUGCCCCCAUCACAUUUUUCGUUAAGUCAAAUGCAGGUUGUUUACAUAAAAAGGUAUACAUGUUAAAGCGAGCUGUGGAAUUUAAAAAUUUAUCGAAACUCGCUUAUCGAAUAUCAAUCGUGCUUGAUGAAUUAGCGGAGACACCGAUAUUAGGAGAAGCAUAACACUCGAUCAGGCACAAAUUUAAUGAUACAGAUACAAACAAAAGCAAAAACUCUGGGCCCCUUUGGGGAACAACUCAUGACAACUGUAAGCUAAGAUGCUAACUCAGGAAACCUUGUACCGUAAUUUACUUCCCUUAUUACUCUAUUUCUCUCAAGUUUUUCAUAUAUUUGAAGCUCCCGGUGAAGCUUUGGGUUACCGAAGCGUUGGCGCUUAUUUGCCCUCUCGCCAAUGAGGUUAUGAGAUGAACUUGUGUGCGAAAUUCGUAAAGUUCCUGUUUUUCGUCGGACGAGUCUUCUUUAUAAUCCUAAUCUGAAAUUUAGACUUCUAAAGAGGCCUUUCGGAGAAAGAAAUCCACCUUUAAACAGACUCUGCGAAGAUGGACAAACAUGCUAAAUAUGGAUCACGUAUAACUUCGAUUCUGGGUUACUGGGUUAAUCAUUGACAGCUUUCAUUUUUUGACGGAGAAAUCGACCGAUUUUGUAAACUGGACACAGGCAACUCAGUUAAUAAUAUAUAAAGCUAUGGGUUGAAUUUCAAGCCUUUUUUGCGAAUCUUCUGCCAUUUCGAAAAUACAGGGACAACUUUUGAGUGAUGUAGCUUUAGGCAGAUCUCCAGAAACUAUGAUCCCACGCCUUUUUUUCCCGUAGUAGUCAGCCGUAUGUAAUUUGAGAACGGUUAUCUACGAGAUGGCUCAAGGAUCCAUUUGAGGAUAUCACUAACUGACUGGACAUGUUAUUCCACAGGAUUCCCAUCAACUAUCUACUGGUGAACCUGGCAGCAGCGGAUAUCUGCUACGCCACCUUCACAAUGCCGACGAUAAUCUUGAGCCACAAUGUCGGCCACCCAACGGGGAUUGUUCGAACAUUUCUGUGUGCAGUUAUAACCGGGGGAAGUUUCGCGUGGAUUGGAGGACUUGCGUCAAUGUUUACACUGCUUGUCAUUGCGUUUGAACGAUACUUUGCCGUAGUACAUCCCUAUGGAAACAGAGGAAAGCUAACUUUUCAGGGAUUGAAGGUUUGAUACUUUGAAAUACUAUGUGGCAUUAUCCGCAAAUUAUACUCCUGGGCCGAGUUGUUCAAAGCCGGGUUAAGGUAACCCAGAGUUAGUGCAAGAUUUGAAUUCAGAUUUGAAAGCUUAAAAAGCAUUUCAGUUUUAAUUCUUUCAAGUUUUCUACAAGUUGAUGAUUGGAAGAUCUAAAAAAAGCAGAGAAAAUUAUCCGAGAAAAUGAGUUUGAACACAUGAAAAAGAAACCCGGGUUAAAUUUAACCCCGGGUUAAGUGCUAAUCGGCUUUCGUACAACUGAGCCCUGCACGAACUUAGAUCAGCUUCCACGACGACAGGUCUCUCUCCCGAAGAGGCUCCCGUUAAGUAUUCCGGUAAAAAUAGCAAUAAUCGAAAAGUAGCAAGCGCGCAGGGGACGAUGGGAAGAGAGAAAACGCGGGAGGCCUUGCUUCCGCUUCCUUUCGUCCUUUCAUUUUCCCUAACCCCAGCCUCCCCUCCCUACGGCACAAAGAGGACUCUGCGGAGGAGAGAGCGACGAGCGACAGAGUCGGCUUCUUGGUCUGUGAUUCACCUUUCUCAAUUCUUGUAUGUCUCCUUAGGUGAUUAUUCCUGGAAUCUGGAUCCUUUCACUAAUGGAUAAAAUUCCAUUAUUUAUGAAGCGGAGCCGCUUUGUUGAAGAGGAUAGUUCCACCCCUUGCAUUUUUUUGUUGUCCAAAGAAAGCAUAAGAAAAUACCGUACGGUUUAUCUCUCAAUCGAUUGCCUCGUCAUGAUCCUGCUGGUCUUGAUCUACUCCAGAAUUGUGUACACAUUGUGGUUCAAGCAAAGUGAUAAUGCCUUACUCACAAAUCAGGUAGGACCCUUCGCUUUAUACAAGGGAGUCUUGGAUUCUGCAUUCUGGAUUCCAGGUACUGAAUUCCGGAUUCCAAUCGGUAGUGGGAUUCCGUAUUCCUUGAGCUGAAUUGACUCCAAAGCCCAUGUAAACAAAUUCCAGAAGCAAAAAAAUUUCCUGGAUUUCAGAAUCUGUAUUCCCUUACAUGGGGCCAAAACCCCUAUCAGGACAAAUCAUUCGUUUGAGGACUACUCAUAAUAGUUUUAUAUGGAGAAAGUUCCGCUCCGAGGUCCAACUCUUUACCCUUUGACAAAAAGGUACCCCUUUCAUAUACCCUCCAUUGAAAAAUAUAACCCCUCUAAAAUACCUAAUAAGAAUAAAUUACUAAAACUGGCCUAUUUUACUCAAUGGCGAGCUUGACUGGAUAGUUCUGGGACCAGCGAAUAAGAUCUAAAGUGAGACGCGCCUCUUAACGUCUGGUGAUAAUUGAUACAGAGUUUAAGUUGGCUGAGGGUCGGACGUCAAGUCGUUACGUCCUUCGCGUACUCAGUCAUCAGCUCGAUUUUUGGAAAAUUGACGGGUACCGGUUUCUACACAUUCCUAAGUUAUCAAUGAAAUUCUUUGGAUCUCAGAUACAGUUUUUUCUUAACUAACGCGUGAGUUGAAAAUGGUUUGUUCUCAUAUUGGUGUUUGGGUUGGCCAAAUUGGCCUAGUAAGGGAAGUUAGGUUCUGUCUGUUUACUGCUCAUGAAGAUCAGCUAUGUAAAGUAGCCUUAAAACUCCAGUCUUCAGAUUACUUCUGAUUUAAUGCUUAUGGGUCGCAACUCUUUUUUUUUUCGGCACAGCUUACAUUACUAACUUUGUUUAUUCACUGUUUUCCCAACCAAUCGGGUGAGAUCUUCCGAGAGCUGCAAGGUCUCACAGCUAUAUUGUAAGCUUGGGUGACCUGUGGCUUAUCAAUCGUUUUGUACACAGGGUGUAUUGAGGUUGAGGAAGCGAGUGACAUUGAUGGUUGUAACCGUGAGCGCCAUUCUUGUAAUAUCUUGGGGAGCAGAUGUGAUACUUCAUCUGUUAGACGAACAUGCUGCUGACUCCGUGAAACUGUGUCCUUUAGCUAUUCCUAUCGCGCACACGAUGCUGAUGUUCAACUCCGCUAUCAAUCCAUUUGCGUACGCUCUGCUGAACCAAAGAUUCAGGAAAAAGAUGUGGCAGAUGAUACGUUCACGUUCCUUUGCAACAAGAGUUGCUGUUAUGUCCGUGCGACAGGGUGAACCACAGGACAACGACACUGGCCACACCACUGGAAGCAUUCCAGUGACACAGCAAGACCAACUGAGUGAAAGGGCGGCGACAAUUUCCCGGGAAAAUGUAUUAUGA